AUGUCCAAACAAAUUGUGAUUAACUCUGGAUCCAUAAUCAGGAGAAUUCCAGACGGCCCAUAUAACGAAAGCUGGGAAAUUGAAAGCAAAGUGUAUGCUCAGACCAUCGUCUCCUUAGACCUUUCCAACUGACGUGGAGUGACAGUCCUAGGAUUUGAAGGCCAAAUGAGAGCUGAAGCAUUUGUCGGCCCACAAGAGACUAAAGAGAUCUUUUAUAUAGUAAGAGAGCCUCCUUUCAGAUUCGCAGCUGAUAUCUCCUUUGAAGAAGUUCCUUUGUCACAUCAUGAGCAAGAUUUGUACAAUGAGCCUAUCGUGAAAGAAGUCGGAGACAAUAUCCAAAAAAUGAAAGACUGACUUGGAGGAGUUGCCUUCGAAGUCCUUGAAGAAGAAGAUCUCAAGAACAAAAUAAAAGAGGCAGGAUUUGAUCACUUCGUUGACUUCAGCUUCCCUCCUGAUGAAUCAAGUAUCUGGAGCCCUGAAUUAGAAGGUUCAUAUCCACUAAAGGAGAAGCCUGUGUGGAAGAGACCUCAUCAGUUUAUGAGCAAAACUCCAUCUCUAUUUGAAGGUGGAAUUGAUCCAAAUGAUAUCAACCAAGGAGCGCUAGGAGAUUGAUGGUUCUUGGCUGCUCUAGCAUCAAUUGCUGAAAACCCAGCUCUAGUAAGAAGACUUUUCAUUACAAAAGAAUAUAACGAGGAAGGUAUCUACAAGUUAAAGAUUUGUAAAAAUGGAGAAUGGGUCACAGUAAUCGUAGACGAUUACAUCCCAUGCUUCAUUAAUGGAGGUCCAAUGUUUGCAAGGAAUAAAGGAGAUGAGCUCUGGGUGAUUCUCCUAGAGAAGGCAUAUGCUAAACUACAUGGAGACUACUGUCAACUUAGAAGUGGAAUCCUUGCUCAUGGAAUGGGCGAUCUUACAGGCUGCCCUAUUGAUCACAAUUCAUUCCCUGAAGAUAGGCAUACUUUUUACCUUAUUGAAGAUUUUGCACAGGACUUAUGGGGGAAACUUGAGGUCGCAGACAUCAAAGGAUACAUCAUGUGAGCUUCUACCCCUGGAGUUGACAUGUACACUGAAGGUGGAGGCCCAAACCAAGACAAAGGAAUUGUUCCUGGCCAUGCUUACUCAGUCAUUGCAGUAAAAUCAUAUCAUGGAAUCCAACUCUUAGAGAUCAGAAACCCAUGGGGAGAGUUCGAAUGGGGAGGAGCUUGGUCAGAUAACUCUAGUGAAUGGACUCCUGAGCUUAUUGAGGUGUUUAAGCCCAACUUUGAUUCACAAGAUGGAACCUUCUGGAUGAGCUAUCAAGAUUUCUUCAAAUAUUUCAAUGCAGUAACCAUUUGUAAAGUGAAUAACUGGGAUGAAUUAAGAUUGAGAGGAAAGUUCUUGAGAUUAUGGGAGAAUGAAGAUCCUGACGAAGAUUGGGUUCUCUCAAAGUUCUACUACUCUUUCAGGCUUUCUGAGCAAACAGAGCUAAAUAUCGGACUUCACCAAGAAGAUGAAAGAUGUAUGAGAGGAAGGCAAAAAGAGAUGGCUAAAAGUGGGUCAUCUCAUAUCUCUUCAAAGUCUUUCUACCUAGAUCUCCAUAUUAUUAUACUCAAAAGGAACAAUAAUGGAUCGAUUACUCUCGUUCAUGAGUCUGAGAGUGAUUUAGAUAGAGAAGUUUACACAAGCGUCACUCUGAAGCCGGGCCAUUACAUUGUAAUCCCAAGAACUUCAGGCGGAAGUUUAAAUGCUGUUGAAAGUGACUCUUCUUCUCAUUACUCUUACCAUGUCCCUUAUGGCAAUGGUGAAAGGCUCCACACAUACAUGAACUCCAUCUUCGGAGAUAUUUUCUCUAAAAUGGAUCUACAACUGAAUGGACAGCUAUCAGCUCAGGAGCUAAACCAGUUUGGAGAAAUCAUUGAUGACGAUGAGUUAAAGUCAAUAAAAAUGGCUGAUUUCUUCAGUGAAAAAUUCUGGAACUUCUCUUGUGACGAAAAUGGGUUUACCAAGUACGGAUUCAUCCAAUAUCUGAGCCAGUUCAGUGAUGAUAGAAUCCAUAAUAUGCUAACUAAACUUGGAUACAAUGAAGACCUAUAUUCUACAAAGUCAAGAGUAUUUACUUUGAGUUUCCACUGAGCCAAAAAGCUCAGAGUCAGAAUAGGAGAUGCAAUGAAGACAGACUUGAACGAGAGAGCAUGGGAUCUCAUGAUGGACAAACAUAACCAAGAAUUUGGGGCUACGAAAGCACUUUCAAACGCUCAUUGCAUUGUCUUUAGAAUCCAUCGUGAUCAAAGCCAUUCUGUUGAUUAUGCUGCUAUUAAUAAGACGGAUGAAUACAUAGAAAUUAAUUUUAAGCAAGAUCAAUCACAGAAUAUGAACUUCUCUCCGUCUAAAGGAUCGGUCAGAUCAGUGAUUCCCCCCAGAGGUCUUAUCUAUCUUGCCUCUGCAGUAGUCAAGCCUGGAUGUGGAAGCUACAAGUACUCAUAUUCAUUCAGAUCUGAUUAUUGUUAA